CCUCCACUGUGUUUUUGCAUAGGACAGGGGUGUAUUCAUUACGGAAACCAUUUAUCGUUUAAGAACCAAACGGAAGCAAACAGAGCAAAACAAGAGUUUCUUUUGAACAAAUUGAAGUAGGUCCCUUCCCGUUUGCUUCCGUUUAAGAAACGUUUUGCAACCGAAUCGGCGUAAUGAAUACGCUCCAGUGUUAUCAAUGGAAAAUGGCGACCCGAGUCCUUCAGAGAUUUGGCAAUGGCCUGAAUCAGGCUAAAAAUACGGCACAGUCGACAGGACAGAUCGUCGUUUUAAGCAGGGGGUUGUCAGCAUCAAACCAUAGGAAUCGUGAAGAUAGCUGGUUCAAAUCGCUAUUUGUGCGUAAAGUUGAUCCCAGAAAGGAUGCCCACUCCCACUUGCUUACCAAGAAUGAGGAAAGCAACCUCUACAAAAUCCAGUUCCAUAACGUGAAACCAGAGUGCCUGGAUGCCUACAACCAGCUUUGUGAGGAGACCCUGCCAUCUAUCCAUAAUGAUAAGUACUAUCCCUGUGAGCUGGUGGGUACCUGGAACACCUGGUAUGGAGAGCAGGACCAGGCCGUCCAUAUGUGGCGGUAUAGAGGAGGGUACCCAGCUCUGACCGAGGUCAUGAGCAAACUCAGGCAGAACAAGGAGUUCAUGAAGUACCGGGAGGAGAGAGGAAAGAUGCUGUUGUCUCGUAGGAACCAACUGCUCCUGGAGUUCAGCUUUUGGAAUGAGCCCAUCCCCAGGAAGGGACCCAACAUCUACGAGCUCAGGUCCUACCAGCUCAGACCUGGCACCAUGAUUGAGUGGGGUAAUUACUGGGCCAGAGCUAUUGGCUACCGCCAGCACAACAGUGAGGCUGUGGGAGGAUUCUUCUCCCAGAUCGGAAACCUCUACAUGGUGCACCACCUCUGGGCUUACAAAGACCUUGAGGCCAGAGAAGCCACAAGGAACGCAGCUUGGCAACAUGAGGGUUGGGAUGAGGUUGUGUAUUAUACAGUUCCUCUCAUUCAGCAUAUGGACUCCAGAAUCAUGAUCCCAAUGAAGGCUUCCCCGCUGCAGUAACCUAUGAGAGAACACAGAAGGCCGAACGCCAAGCGUCACCUGUUUUAAAUGUAACAAAGUCCAAAAUCUCACUGCCGUGGUCUCAACCUCUUGUUAAUGUUGCCAACUAACCUCCCUCUGAAUUGGUUUGUCUUUUACUUUACCCAUUUCUGACUUUGCACCAGCAAACUAUAUUUGGUACUUAAAAAACAUCACUGAGACACUGGAGGUUAAAGUAUCAUCAUAUCCCAUCUUGAAUCUGUUAGCUAAAAUACUCUUUCCAUAAUUAGAAGAGCUGUAAGGCAAUGGCAUGAGAGCUCACAACUACUUUUUUGUUCUUGGGAGACAGGAUGGGCAAAAUCAGCAUAUUGAAACCUCCUGAUAGUGGUUGGGUGGAGAACUGAUGUCCAACAUACUGGGUCAUAUUAACACUGGUCACAUUGCCACAGCUGAUCUAGUCUAUUUUUAGAACCAACCAAAGUGCUGUUUUGAAAAGAGAGCUAUCCUAGCAGUGUGUUCUGUUUGCAGUGAAUAAGAAUUUAGCUAAUACAUUGGGCAACUAUGGCACGACUUGACAAAAAAUCACUAUAGAUGCACAAUGUGUGAUUUAGCGGUUAUUUCGUUUAUUUAAUGUAAAUAUUGAAUAAGAAUAUGAAUCACAUUGUUACAUUGCAAAAUUAAGCUUUUGGGUGAAAUCUGAUCUAAGAAAUGAUGUUACUGAUUCAAUCGGAGUGGUAGAAAGACAGUCCAAAUGGUAAAAGUGAAUUGCUACUGUAUUUUGUCAACGGAGAGAAUAUCUACUAAAUGGUCAAUUAUUUAACCUUUAUAAAGUGGAGGCAUUGAGCGUGAACAUUAUUUCUUGGAAUCAUUUGUGUAUUGUACUGUUAGACAUUUACUGCAUUGUUGGAGCUAGAAACACAAGCAUUUUGCUGCACCUGCUUUAACAUCUGCUCAUCUCUGUACGCGACAAAUAAACUUUGAUUUAUGUGAGAACUGGUAUGAAUACAGAGCUAAAGUCAUGCAUAUUUUAACCCUAAAUGUCUUCUGAAUUUUUUCAAGUAAUUGUAUUGAUUGCAAUCGUGGGCAUUCUCUCCCCGUUUAUUUCCCAUCAUCUGCAAUAAGCUUGAUGUGUUUUUAUUGUACUGGUUUAGUGAACAUGGCUUGUUUUACCUUCGUGGAGAAAAUACUGCAUGUCCAGUUCUUCAAGACAUGUUUUAUUAGAAUUAACAUGUUUCCGGUUGGCCAUAAUGAAUAGCCUAUUCUGUAAACCACUGGUCUAGUACUAUCAUGGAACAUUUCUGUGCCCAGGUACAACUACCGAUGUACUGAAAUGAAACUCAUCCUAGUUUUAUUCCAUGAUUUACAGGGUAUUUAUGACAAAGGUGGCAAGAAUGUCAGCACAUAAAUAAAGUUAUUCAAAGAGAAA